AUUCUAACUAUAUAACUGUAAAGAAGCUUUCCCUUUUUGCAUAGUGCGAUAGACUCUCACGUAAGAUUUAGGUAUUCCUCCUGAUAAAAGAUAAACCAUGAGUAAAGUGUUAAUAACGCUGCUACUUGUUGCCCUUUGUUCAGUACCAUUAACAAAUUCUGAACCCUUAACUUUAAUAAAGGACGUUAUUCAGUUUAAUAUUGCUGGUCAUCCAGUUCUACACAAAUCUGUUGACUGGCCUUUUGAUCCAGACAUUGCAGUAAGAAGAUCCAGGCAGUAUCAGGAAUUAAAUGGAUAUUUGGGUGAAAAAGCAAUUGAGAGAUUAGGAUUGGGAAUAGACGGAUACGACAGAGAAAGAUUAGCUCAACAACAGCAAAGAGAUGAAGGGCAUCUAAAUGGACUUGAUUAUUUAAAUCCUUAGAUAGAAUAUGUAAAAAAUAAUUAAUUUCUAAGAAAUUAAAUCAAAAUUUUCUGAAAUGGUAGAACGCAUUUAAGUGCCGUAAUACUUAUAUCUUACACAUAGCAGAGAGGUAGUUGUCUCUGCACAUCAUAGAAUAAUUAACUGAAAUAAUAAUAAUUAUAACUGAAUGAAAAAUCUUAUACAUA